AUAAUUGAAAAAGGUGAUUCUCUCACUCUACAAAACACUUGCACUACUCUCCUCACCAGGUUUCCAGCUGAGCAAUGGCCGGUCCGGGCAAAUGCUUCCUCGUCACAGGUCCUCCUGGUGUGGGUAAAACCACACUGAUUAUGAGAGUUAUUGAAGCCCUAAAAGCCUCUAACCCCACCUUGAAAGUUCAGGGCUUUUACAGUCGUGAAGUUAGACAAGGAAGCGAGAGAGUGGGUUUUGAGGUGGUCACUUUAGACGGCCGUAUUGGUCGACUCGCCUCCACCACUAUUUCAAGUCCCGAGUCUUUUAGAUGGCCUAAUGUCGGGAAGUACAAAGUAGAUAUAACAUCAUUUGAGUCACUGGCGCUACCUGAGUUGCAGGUCAGAGAGGAUACUGAUCUCUUCAUCGUUGAUGAGGUUGGGAAGAUGGAGAUGUACAGUUCAUCUUUCUUCCCCGCAGUUCUGAAAGUUCUUGAAUCAAGCAUCCCAAUUUUGGCUUCUGUCCCUAUUCCGAAAUUUGGCCGUGAUAUUCCUGGAGUUGCAAGGUUGAAGAAUCACCCAGGGGCAACUAUUUUUACAUUGACCUCAAGUAACAGGGAUGCUGUUAAAAAUCAGAUAUAUUCCAUGUUGGUAGAUUUGCUGAGUAAAAACUAGGUGUUGCCCCAAAUAUUGGGUUUUAAAUUUUUAUAUAUACAGUAAACACUAGGACAGUUUGGCGGUCAUGUGGUGGCUGCUGGCGACUGACAAGCACACAAUGGCCAACGCACCACCGGAGUGUUCCAAUGGCCAUAUAGUGACCGCUAGACACAUGUAACACUGGUUCUUAUUUAUUUAUUUAAUAGUAGUUUUCAUACCUGUUACCAAACAUGUUUUCAUGAAAAUAAUCUACAAAAUUUGUUCA